AUGCUAGUCGAUUUGAACACUCGAUUUUGUUGCUGCAAGGCCAAGGUUCGUCCCGACAAUGUUGCCCGUCCUCCGUAAUCCCGUCAGGCUCAUUUUUGCGCAAUCGCCGCCGCUUUCCUCCUCGCCAGCGCCAUUUCACUCACUUUGGCCAUUUAUCACAGAUAGUAAGAAAAAUGCAGACUUUCUUUGUAAAACUACAAUAUUUCAGCACCGUCAAAAGCACAAGUCUAUUCUGGAAUACGUGGCAAGCGAAAAUAGGCUCCGCUGUUAUUUGGGUCAGUUUUUCGACAAAAAUCGAUAAUAUUCUCUAAAAUCUUUCAGAUUUUCCACUCAAUUUCCUCGUGUGCUCUUCUUCAUUUCCCGCACACUUGGCUUUACGCAUCCUCCGCGAUUUUUAUGGUUUACCAAUGAAAAAUUUGAAAAAACUGUCAACAAAUUGUUUUAGGCCAUUUGUGCAGUUUUCAAUGUGGUCAACGUAUUCUUGGAUGGUAGGUUUUCCAAAAAUGUUUCAUUUUUUUUGCGAAACAAAUAUUUCUAGAGCUCACCGCAUUUCAUAUCGGAUCGGCCGUGGCGAUAUUGGCGGUUCAAGUGUAUGCAGUGAUGGUUUUGGUCAAGUUCAGGUGAGAUGGAGUUUGCGGGCGCCAAAAGAUUGCGUCAACGCAAAUUGAUUGCGUCAAAAUGAUGGCUUUUGAUGAUCGCUUCAGGUCCCUUUGAGCCACGGGUUCUGGUACGUUUUUGUACCUUUCAAUGCAACAUUCCCCUUUUUCAGUUUCCUGCACCGCGAGCCGCCCAAUCCGAACAUCGUUGCGAUCGUCCCUCCGCCCGUCGGUCCGAUCCUCAACCGAUCGCUGACUCCUUCGUCUUUCUCUCCGACUCCCCUGACACCGCCCCCUCCGAUAUCAUCCACUUCUCCGUUAUCCGCUGCUCCUUCAAGUGUCGUAAUGGAAUACUCGAUCAUGAGCACUCAAAUGAGCACGCAUGUCAGCACAGCAGCUAGCACUGAUGGUUGA